AUAAGGGCCUAGCUCCUCCAAAGCAAUUACUAGCUAGAGCCCAAGCCAGAGUAUCUUACAAAGAUCAAAAUGGCGUCUGUGAACACAUCGAUCAAGUCCGUACAAGCAUUGGACCAAUUUCUUAAAGAGAAACAAGACAAACUGAAUGUGGUUGGGAUCUCAGCUACAUGGUGUUCAAAUUGGGAAUCGAUAGGAGAAAACUUCCGAAAGACUGCUGGGAACUGUGGCGACGACGUUUACUACGUUGAGAUCGACUUCGAUGAAAUGCCGGAUGUUGCCAGGAAGUAUAGGUUACGAUAUUUGCCAACCUUCAUAGUGUUGAAGGGAGAAAGAGAAGUGGCCAGGGUUGUUGGGUCGAACAGGCGCGAGGAACUUGAGAAAAAGAUUAAUCAGAACAAGAGUAGAAAUUGAUCCAUGAUAUAUAUAUAUAUAUAGGAAUAAGUCCAUCCGUGGCUUAUUAAUCAUCUAUGUAGUACGUGGCAUGGCUUAGAGAAGCAGCUGCAUAUAUAAAGAAGGUGUGUAAUGAUAUGAUGAUACCUAUUCAUCAUACUGUAUUGUCUGAAUAAAAACCAUAUAUGUUGUGUAAUAAAUUCGUAUUCUCUCUC